AUGGCCAAUAUAGAGCAAGGACACGGGUUUCGGCAAUUUAUGGGCGCACUUGCUGCGCUAAUUUAUUUGUUGGUAAUCACAAUCCUAUUUUCGUUUUGCUGGAUCCUGGCCCUUGGAUUACUUCUGUAUGGCAACUUCUUUGGGAGAAUAACAAUGCUUCUCUACAUUUGUUAUAUUCACAUAUCAAGCGCGAAAUUCAUUUUGAACAUCAAGGGAAAUGGCAUCAGAUUUUUUCGCAGUAACUGGCUUUGGAAACAACUACGGCGUUAUUUUCCAAUCGAAUUGGUGAAAACAGUAGAUUUACCCGCCAACCGUCAUUAUGUGUUCGCGACUUUUCCACAUGGUGUUAUGACUUAUGGCUGCACCGUUAACAUUACAUAUGACAUUGACAAUUGGCUCGCACUAUUUCCCGGCAUACGACCGAGGCAGACGAUUUUGAAUGCCACCUAUUUGACGCCAUUCCUGCAUGAAUAUUUGCGCCUUUGCGGCUUUAUUUCGGUAUCGGAAAACUCUUUAAUGCAUUAUUUGACCAGUCGCUGGCAGGGUGAUGGUUUCACGUCUAAUGGUGUUUUCAUUAUUGUUGGCGGUGCACAGGAGGCUUUAGACUCUCGUCCUGGCCAAUAUGAGCUGACAUUUUUGAGACGUAAAGGAUUUGUUCGGGUAGCCAUAAAAAGUGGUGCUGCUAUUGUUCCAUGUUUCACUUUCGGUGAGGUGGACAGCUUCGAGCGUUGGGAUGGGAAAUGGGCUUUGCAUUGGCAAUUGGCAGUGAAAUACUUACUGGGCAUAUCGAUAAUACUUGUAAAGGGGCGUGGUGGCCUUCCGCUUCCAUUCAAGCGCCGUAUUGUACAAGUGGUCGGCAAACCAAUCGAAGUGCAACAAAAUGAUAACCCCCAACCGGAAUAUGUGGAUGAAAUUCAUCAAAAAGUCAUUGAAGGUGUAAAAGAUUUAUUUGAGACACACAAAAUUAAUUACAUCGAAAAUUACGAAAAUGUUAAACUUGUAAUUAAGUAA